AUGCCUACCCAAGGGCCUGCCGGCAUGUCUGCCUAUCAUCAGUCGACUACCGAACGGCAAAUACGGACAUAUGGUCGGCAGCAAGUAAUAUACACCCAGGGCGCUCAAGUAGUGACCGUCAUCCAGAAGUCCAAGCAUCACCAUCACAAACAUCAUCAUUCGAAGCAUCAUCAUAGCAGUACAUCGCGACCACCGAUAUUGAUACAGCACAGUAGCCCCGCUGCGCCUCAGUUGAAUCAGACAUAUCCCACGGCGCCCAUCUUGUCCCUUCCUUAUGCUCAGCCUCAGUCGUACUCACAGCCCAACUUACCUCAAUCGGGCACGGCGCAUUAUUCCCAGCCUCAAUUUGUUCAACCAAACUAUGUUACCCCAGACUACCAACAGGCCGACGGACAACCAUUCGACGCUGAUCAGUCUCCGUAUUCCAAAUGUACUGGUAGGCGAAAAGCACUCUGCAUUGGUAUUAAUUACUUCGGGCAGCCGAACGAACUAAGAGGAUGCGUAAACGAUGCCAAGCGUGUCCGUGAUUUCCUAAUUCGCAACCACAGGUUCAGAGAGUCGGAUAUCGUCAUGCUGACUGACGAUAGCCCCGAUCCUGGUAAGCUCCCUACAAGGAGCAACAUAAUUCGAGCUAUGAAGUGGCUUGUGCGUUCCGGCAGACCGCAUGACUCCUUAUUCUUUCACUAUUCUGGACAUGGAGGACAGACACCUGACCUGGAUGGCGACGAGAUAGAUGGAUUCGACGAAGUUAUUUUCCCGAUGGAUUACAAGGAAAAGGGACAUGUUACUGACGAUACGAUGCAUGAUAUAAUGGCAAGUUCAUCGACACUCUCGCAAGGCUUGGUUGUUCAUAUAUGUAUCAUGUCCUGUUACCACCGAAGGUCAAGCCAUUACCCCGCAAUUUAUCGCCCGAACUGUAGAGUGAAAAGGCAACACAUCACUCCUCAAGCUCGCGAACGAAAAUCGUCCCCCGCUGACGUGAUAUCAUUUUCUGGUUGCAAGGACGGCCAAACGAGUGCCGAUACGUUCGCUAAUGGCGUCGCAGUGGGUGCUAUGAGUCAUGUGAGUCCUAGCCUGCAUACGUGGAUAGGUUCUUAA